AUGGCAGGAAUGUUUAAUCAUGGCUUGCUGAACCCAAACCGGCAGUGGGUCGGGGGUCUCGGGAGCUCGAUUGCUUUCUUGUCAAAGCCUCAAGGCCUGGUUACUCCCAAGAAAAAAGGGAACGGGAAUAAAAGAAGAAAAGGCAAAGGCCAGGGGAAGAAGAGAGACCCGUGCCUGAAGAAGUACAAGGAUUUCUGUAUCCACGGCGAAUGCAAAUACAUCAGAGAGCUGGGAGCUCCCUCCUGCAUAUGCCAGCCAGGGUAUCAUGGAGAGAGAUGUCAUGGCCUUUCACUGCCUGUGGAGCACCCCCCCAGUGUGUACGACCACACCACAGCACUGGCUGUUGUUGCUGUUGUCCUGUCCUCCCUGUGUCUCAUUAUCAUUGCAGCCUUGCUGAUGCUCAGGUGUCACAAGAGGGGUGUCUACGAUGUAGAAAACGAAGAGAAAAUCAAGCUGGGCAUCACUGUGAAUCACUGAGGAUGCCAGGUACUGG